GUUACACUUGCUAAUCCAGCUGCGAUGACCAUGAAAAAAAAAAAAGAAGGAAAGAUGAAAUACAAAAACUCGAGUUUUUUGAGUCCAUGUAAGGAAGAUCGUUUAUCCAUUCCUAAAAAAAAAAAGUCUCCCAAGUUUGGGGGUUUUCCACACACACACACACACACACACCCUUUUUUUUUCCUUACACUUAAACUAUGUAUGACUUUAUGGAAUAUUGCUUGAAGCGGUUUUACCGCUCUUCAGGCUGGAACGAAGAAAACCAGUACUCGAACCUAUGCUCGUGGUCAAGAGCUUUACUUGAUUUUCACACACCAAGAGGUUUAUCCUUGGUCAUGUCGAAACUUCCAACACCUCAAUUUAAACCUUCUUAUACUCUAAACGCUUUACCGACACUCAAUGGCAGUAUAGGAUAUCUCUAUACCUCAAAACCUCUUGAAAUUGGAACAAGUGCAACCGUUGAUUUUCAAGACAUGAUUGAUCGAUUUCGAAUUAUUGUUAAGCAACCUUCCAGCAAUGUAAAAGAUUACCAAGUAACUCCCGACUAUUUGCUUUAUGGUCGCAUGUUCUUCCCAGGAGCUAGGUUAGAAGCCAUGUACGUACGUCGUAUCAGCGAACACCUUCAAUAUCUCGUCACUGCUGUCAAUAGCCCUCGUACCCUUGUUUCACCUCAAGUGGCUAUGCAGUUACAGUAUGACGUGGGGAAAUGGUGUUCUGAAUGCUCAUACACAUCCGACGACGGACUUUUGGGUCUUCGAGCAUUAUACAAUAUUGGUCAGCCUUCAGCUACAGGGCAAUGGUCCUUGGGCACAGAGAUAUAUUACGGUGUUCUUGAUAAAAGUGGUGGAUUGUCUACUGGUUUUCGUUAUCGCACAUUACCUAAUUCCAAUGCACCACCGAUCAGUUUCACCUAUACAUUGAACCCUAUUGUGGGACACAUGUCUACGAGUUAUGUGGCUAAAUUAUCAGACGAAUUAGUCAUGUGUUCCAGAUACGAUUUUAGCAUCUAUUCUUAUGAAAGUGAUUUAGCCUUUGGAUUCGAAUACCGCACCAAAAACAAGACACCGACCAUCGAGACAGAAGUGGAUGAGGGUAUGAUUACAUUGACAGCAGAUCGUACCGAGAAAUUAGAGGGUUUAAUUAAAGCACGUUGGGGGUUCACCAAAGGUCUUGCUUUGAUGUGGGAAGGAAGAUUUAAGAACACCUUAUUUAGUUUAGGAUUGACUGCUGAUUUAAGAAGCACAAGUCCAAUUCGUACAAUAGGAUUAGAAGUACAAUAUUUCUCUUGAUUUUUGUGUAGUCAGAACCUCUUCCCUUUUUGUGUACAAUAUAUAAUUCUUUCUCUC